CGCACCAUUUCCGCUGCAGCAGCGAGAAACCAACGGGCAAGUCAAAAAAAGAAAGAAAGAAAAGAAAGGAGAAAUGUGGACAGUUUGGAUAAACUAAGACGAGAGAAGGACCGUCGAGUGACAUAUAUCGUGUUCGUAGUGCUUGGUUACGAGGUGACUGUUGUUUUAUAUAGUUUUUAGGCGAAUUAUUUGACAGUAUAAGGGUCGUUUCGAGGUUAACUUGUACCCCCCACCCCAUCUUGUUCUGUGGCGGUCCGCUUUGAGGAAGCAGCUCGUCAGAGAUGGGGACGAGAGCUAGUCGUCUUCAGGAAGACCCGGUCCCCUCUGCGUUUGGCAAAGAUGGCAGCACGCGGGACUCCUGUCGGCGACCCCGCUGCAGCAGGCCCACCAGCCUCAUGGUGGACUUCUCGGGCAGCUUCGAGGACACGGAGGCCAACCGGAGCCGAUCGGAGGAGGGCAGCGACUCGGACCCGGGGCAGCACGGGGCGAGCGCGGACGGCAGCCCCGCGGACCACCACGGCAUCCCGUCUGGCGUCGGCCAAGCUGUGUCCCCCGCGGAUGAGGAUGACGACACCAGCGAGGGGAAACCCGAGGAAGACGGGAACGUAAGCCUCGAGCCCCCCGCGGUAGCGGAGCAUCAGUCCGGGGAGGAGACAGGCCGCACGCCCCACCGCACUUUUUCCGAGCGGCUGCCCGGGAAUCGGCACUCUUCCGCCCGCAGCGUGGGCGCGAGAUCCGCCCGGGUCCGAGGCACGCACCAGCGGCCGGUGUCCGAGGCUUGGAUCGGCCUUUACCGCGUUAACAACCGCCAUGGCAAUAUCCGCUGUCCCUUCUGCUCGAAGCCCUUCCCGGGGGGUCGGAUCGAGGAUCACCUGUUGAGCUGCCUCACGUCUCCUCCCCUACCGUACAAUACGGACGUGCUCAAUAAAGACAGCGGAGAGUGCUCCAUCUGUUUGGAGGAUCUGGUACAGGGAGAGACCAUCGCCAGACUGGCUUGCCUCUGCGUCUACCAUAAGAGCUGCAUUGACUCCUGGUCCAAGGUGAAGCCCUGCUGCCCUGAACACCCCUUUGAUUGACCCCUGGGUCACAUGUAUUCUGCACGGUGACCAACCCGACUCGGGAGACCAAUCUGAAUUCUAAGAAAGUCCCAAAUAAAAUGUGUAAUUGAACAAACAGAAGCCCGACCGUCCUUCCCGGACGCGAACCUACGUUUGAGUGGGGAACGCGGCGAUCCCGCGAAGAGGCUCCGGUCAGCGGCGCCCGGUCGGGAUCCGAGUCGAGACCAUUUCACGCCAAACGACAGUCAACGCGGCCGCUCCGGCUCCGUCUAAUCUGGCCGAG